CCCUCAGAGAGAGUCGAGCACAGCAGCUGUUCAGGACAGACCCACCGCAGAGGAGCCAAUGGCGAAACACAUGGACGGGGUGAGGACGCUGAUGAAGGAGGGAUGAAUGCAUCUGGAGCAGAAAGCAGGCUCUAGGCUUUGAGGUCCAAUCAGAAAGGGCACAGGCCAGGCUACAGCUAUGAAAGUGUGAAGUGUUAGAUGGACAUUCAAAAAGAGGAACAUCAGGGAAAAGAUCAGGAACUGAACAUAAACAGAGAGCAAGAGCAUGUUACAGUAUUACAAUAGCAGUACCUGAAAGAGAAGUAGAGAGAGAAAGGAGAAGAGUAGAGAGAGCCACAAAGUGAAUGUGGGGAGACAGAGUGAGAGAGGGAGAGAAGAGAAAGACAGAGAGAGAGGCAGGGAAUGAGAGAGACAGACAGAGAGAGAGAGAAAGAGAGAGAGAGAGAGAGAGACAGACAGAGAGAGAGAGAGAGAGAGAGAGAGAGAGAGACACACCAAAAAAGGGCUUGAGCCAGUGCAGGAAUCACUUGCUUGCUUGACAAACGCACAGACGUGUGGUGAGAAGAAUAAGGCAACAACAGAGAGACAGACAGAGAGAGAGACAGAGAGAGAGAGAGAGAGAGAGAGAGAGAGAGAGAAACACCAUGAUUGAUUUGCGAGGGGCAUUAAAGCCUUGAGUGCCUGUGACACUCAGUCCUUGAUACGUUUGCUGAAGUGCUUUUUUAAGUUUAGGGUACAGAUUUAUGGUCAGAGUGAACAGGCAGUGUUCUUUACGGGGUAUGGAGCAGAGCUGGGGCUGAGCACAGCUCUUUAGCUGUGCUGUAUCACUAUGUCGUCGGGCCCUGGGCCCCGAGAGGUCCCGGUCCCACGGGAGAAAAUGCUGAAGGAGCCUGGAGGGACAGUUGAAAGCGAGGCAUCAGGCCCUGUGGGCCUACAGACGCUGCUGGACCUGCUGGUGGGAGUCUACCAAGAAUUCCAGUUGUCCAGCCCAACCAGAGACAAAUACAUCGGCCGCUUCCUGCAGUGGGCCGAGCCCCUGGUGAGACAGGUGAGAAAGACUCGCAUUAAAAGGGAUGAUUUCAACAUCUUGAAGGUGAUUGGCCGGGGCACAUUCAGUGAGGUUGCAGUGGCCAGAAUGCGCAACAAUCAGAGAGUCUAUGCUCUGAAGAUCAUGAACAAAUGGGACUUGCUGAAGCGAGGAGAGACAGCAUGCUAUCAGGAAGAGAGAGAGGUUUUGCUAAAAGGAGAUCGGCGCUGGAUCACCGAGCUGCACUAUGCCUUCCAGGAUGAUAAUUAUCUUUAUUUAGCAAUGGAUUACUAUGUCGGCGGAGAUCUGCUGACAUUGCUCAGUAAGUUUGGUGACCGUAUUUCAGAGGACAUGGCUCAGUUUUACUUAGCUGAGAUGGUGAUGGCCAUCGACUCUGUCCACAGACUGGGCUACGUGCACAGAGACAUAAAGCCUGAUAACAUCCUGCUGACACUGGAUGGUCAUGUACGCCUGGGGGAUUUUGGCUCCUGUUUGCAGCUUCAGGAUGAUGGUUUGGUCCACUCCUCACUGGCUGUGGGCACUCCAGAUUACCUGUCUCCAGAGAUCCUGCGGGCUGUAGAGGGAGGAGGGGGCUAUGGGACAGAGUGUGACUGGUGGGCUCUCGGUGUGUGUGCGUAUGAGAUGUUGCUGGGGACCACACCUUUCUAUGCAGAGUCUCUGUCUGAAACAUACGCCAAAAUAAUCCACUUCCAAGACUAUUUUGAGUUCCCUCCAGGAGCUGUGGAGAUUUCGGCAGAGGCACGGGCGCUGAUCUCAGGGCUGCUGUGUGAGAGGAGCGAGCGGCUGGGCUCUAAUGGCUCUGCGGACUUCAGGAAUCAUCCCUUCUUCAGUGGACUGGACUGGAUUGCUCUGCACAGGCUCCCUGCUCCAUACCACCCUGAAGCCUCCAACGCUACAGACACCUCCAAUUUUGACGUGCUGGAUGACUGCCUCAGUGAAACAGAGACCCUAAGUGACAUCAUGGACAGAGCUCCUGUAGGAGUUCAUUUGGCCUUCGUUGGAUACUCCUACACAGCCACCAGAGAUACGGGCGCUGUUGACCGUAGCCAAGACAUCAUGAUGGAGAUUGACCAGCAGCUGGGCAGAGAGCAUCUGUACCUGCAGGAGAAACUGAGUCAAGUGUGGCAGCUCAGGGAGCCUGUGCCAGCUGAAGUGCCAACACAGAGAGAGCUCCCCCUGGCUCUUGAGCACAGUACUGCAGAGCCCUCACUCACUUCAGAAACAGAUCAGAGCAAAAAGGAAACCGAGGAACUACACAGGCGGCUUCAGGAGGCCGAACAGCGGAACAAAGAGCUAGAGCAAGAGGUGCAGGCCCUGCGUGAGGAGAUCUGCAAACUGAGGGUCCAACAGGAGAAAGGCAAGGAACAAGGCCAUCACACCAUUUCUGAGGAGAGAAAGUUGUUUCUUUCUGAAGAGCUGUGUGUGUGCCUGCCGCCUGUAUUUAUGCCUGCUCGCUGUGUGGAGCCUGUUGGGGAUAGCUUAGUGGUGCCCCCUGCCUGCCAUUACCCGCUAGUGAUGCCUCUACUGCGCCACCUGAUGCUCUUCCACAGGGUGCGUUGGCCACGGGUGAGGUGUGAGUCGUACCUGCUGGUGUGUGCCGAGGGCAGGGAGCUCCAGAUGUGGGAGCGUCACUGCAGCUCUGAGCUUUCCUGAGCUCUACUUUGCGAAGACCAGCUGUCUGGCUGUCUGUUUAGAUCCAGUGCUGGGAUCAGACUCAGACUGCUUAUACACCACCAGCAACCACACUCCCUCACCCACACCACUGACAUGCUGCCUGAUAACGUUCAGGAGUGUUGUGUGUGUGUCUGACUGGUAGUCUUGGGAUUUGAUGGCUAAUAUAUUUUGUUUGUUAGUGUUAACUGUAGGUGCCUUUGCCCAUUUGAAUGAUUGCACUUGCUAAUGAGAAUGACAUGUAGGGUCUCUCAAGAUGUAUGAUACUCCUUUUUCUAAGCACAUACCUCUCUGUGUAACAAAUUGUAACACCUGAUAGAUCAGGGUGGAAUGAGCUCAUGCUGGCUUAGCUUACUCAGCCAGAAUUGAGGAGAGGACAUAGAGAAUGACCACUGAAGCCUAAGUUUUGAUGCACUGCAUACUAAAAGAUAAUAUAUUACAAGUUUAUUCUUUAGAGGGUUGGCAUUAUAUUUUGUACAAAAGAGGUAUUGAAACAUAUCGCACAUUAAACUAUAGUUUUUGGGUGACUAGUAUGUAUUUAUUAUAGGGCUACUGAUUUGUUUGUCCUUAAAUGCUUGAGUGACUUUAUUGUUUCUGGCCUGGCAAAGACAUUAUUGGAUUAGACUUUUAUUACAGCGCUGUAGAGGACUUGAUGUUCCACCACAUUCAGUUCACUUUCAUUUUGUGAAUUUAGGAACUGUGAAUUUCUUAGUUAUGCUGAGUAAUGGUGAACUCUGUUGCUUACAGCUUAAAGUAAUUAUUUGAAUAAAGUUGGCAGAUGAGAAGCACAUGGAACAUCAGACCUAAAAAUGUCAAAACAAGACAAGAAGGGCUUUAUUAAAAUAUGUUGUAUACAAAUAUAUAAAUAUUAACCCAGGUCAGCAUCACAUUUACUGUAAUCCACAAUUGAUGACAUCUUAGAUUAUAUGAUCACGCACUUUACUACAUGAGGAUGAAAAGUUUUUAAAAAUAAAAAGUUGAAAUUU